AUGAUGAAAAAUACUGCAUUUUUCGCUGCAUUACUGCUGAGCUCUGCGGCAUCUGCCUUUAUGCCAAUUAGCGUCAGCCCAAGAAAUGAUCUGUCGCUUUACGCCAGAAUCAACCGAGGAAGCCGACAAGCACCUGUGAAGGAAUACAAACCACCGAUGAACGAUGAGAUCCAACAAGCAGAGUUGAGAGUUGUUACCCCUAACGAAAAAGGAAAGGACGAACCCUUGGGAGUCAUGAGCCGUUCAGAUGCUUUGGCCAAGGCAAAAGAGAUGGGAGGUUUGGAUUUGGUUUUGGUCAACCCCAACUCGGACCCUCCAGUCUGCAAAAUCGUGGACUAUUCAAAGUACCGAUACAUGCAAGAAAAGAAAGCAAAGGAAGUUAAGAAGAAUUCCAAGGCUAGUGAAUUGAAGGAAGUCAAGAUGAGUUACAAGAUUGAUAUUCAUGAUUACGAUGUCCGAAAGAAGAAUGCAUUGAGGUUUUUGAAUCAGGGGAACCGUGUGAAGUGUACAGUCAUGUUCCGUGGACGUGAAAUGCAACACGACAACUUGGGACGUGAACUUUUGGAAAAGCUUGCUGAAGACAUAUCUGAUGUCUGUGUGAAGGAAGGAAAGUGUGUGAGAGAAGGAAGAAGUCUUUCUUUGAUUAUCUCACCUCGUCCUGAGGUCUUGAAGAAAGUCAACGAGAACCGCAGAGCAGGAGAAAAGGCAAAGAAAGCGCAGAAACAAGAGAGACAACUCAAGAAGGCUGCAGCCGCAGCUGCAAAGUCUACCAAUGGAGCUGAAGACAGCGACGAGGAUGAAGACGAAGACGAUGCCCUAAGCAACGAGCAAGACGAGAUUGACUUGGAAAGCGAUAUUGAAUCUUCUUUGGACGAUCUUUUCGGCAGUGACGAUCUCUCAGACGAUCUUUUCAAAUAG